UCCCCUUCCGCAACUUAGAGCACGUGUGCAAAUAUGGUUGGAUCACCGCCCGAUUUCUCUCUGCCGUGACGGUGAUAUAAGCAACGCUGCCCGCUGCCCUCCGCGUCCACCGCUGAGCCUAUCCAUCUCUCUCUCUCUCUCUCUCUCUCUCUCUCCUCUCGGAGCUCUAUAUUUUCUCGGGAAAAUGGCAAAUGCAGCAUCCGGGAUGGCUGUGCAUGACGAAUGCAAGCUAAAGUUUCUGGAAUUGAAGGCAAGAAGAACUUACCGGUUCAUAGUUUACAAGAUUGAGGAGAAGCAAAAUGGGGUUAUUGUGGAAAAGCUUGGUGAGCCAACUGACAGCUACGAGGAUUUCUCUGCAAGCCUCCCUGCUAACGAGUGUCGAUACGCUGUUUAUGACUUUGAUUACGUGACAGAGGAGAACUGCCAGAAGAGCCGGAUUGUUUUCGUCGCUUGGUCCCCUGAUACAGCGAAGGUGAGAAGCAAGAUGAUUUAUGCGAGUUCGAAGGACAGGUUUAAGAGAGAGUUGGACGGAAUUCAGGUAGAGUUGCAAGCUACUGAUCCGACCGAAGUGGGUCUCGAUGUUAUUAGAAGCCGCGCUAAUUGAAUGUAAGGCAUCAGCUGUCCAACAGGGGGGUCGUCUAUACGAUCUGGUUUUUCCGGCGACAUGUUUAUAGCCCUAUGAUCGUCAAUUUGGUUUAGUAUUGUACUUCGUCGAUGACUCGACUUGUAAUUGGUGGAUUAUUGGUACCUCUUGUGGAUGGAUAUCACUUCUUGUCCUGCUUGCAU